CGAGAUCCGAAUCCGAGUUCAUUCGAUUGCGGCUCGUCUUUAUUAGAUGUUGUUUUUAUGAGAGUAGGGUGUCGGUUUUUCAGUGAGUUUUGUUUAGUUUGGUAAACUCGCAUUUUUUCAGUCGAAACAAAUUCGGGAUAGUGUGCAAGUGUGUGAUAACGUUCGCAUGGAAUUUCCUUCAUUCAACAAUCACCGCCGCCUUGCUUUAUAAGCGAAGGGCCCAUCGGAACCAGGAGAAAUGCGAGGAGCGUUGCGUCGUUACCGCGAGUUCGCGUUUAGAUGGACCACCGUGAAAAACCGUUCGGAAAAUCAUUGAAGAAAUGGCGACGACGGCGCGCAGAAGGGACCCCGACGAUGACAUCGCCGCCAUUGCUAAGCACAUUUCCGAUCAGGCCGAAGCGAUUUACCAAAAUUGGAAGUCGAGGGGUUUAGGACCGGCGGAUUUGCUCACUUGCCAUGCCGCUGGCGACACCACGAAGCUAGUGUCCAUGCUGAAGUCCCAGCCCCCGUCGAAGCAGGCCCCCUUGGACAUUCUAGCGCAGGCGCCGACCAUGGACAACAACAGGCUGGAGAAGCUGGUGAAGAACUUCGUCGACGAGGAUAAGGCCCGGAUCGCCCCCAACAGGAUAAAGCUGUUGCCGGCGACGUCGCCCGUCAACAAGAUGCCCUCCAGCAUCCAGUACGCCCUGCAGAAGUUCGAGCGGGGCUUCAGCCAGCCCGACGGCGGGCCGGCGGCGGCCGAGGGCGGCGGCUACCUCAGGAAAACCGCCACAUUGCCGGGCAGGAAGCUCAGCGGCGGGCCUGCGAACAACGCCUCCAACGGCGCCGGAUUGAAUUGUUUUACAACGACCAAUAAUUCCGCUCAGGCCAAGCCAGCAAUAGGCCAGAAACCCCAAAUCUCGCCCAAGCCCCGGCUCAACGACACCAUCGAAAUGACCCUACCGCCCGACCUGGUGACCAGCGGCCUGCAAACGUGGCCGCUCAAAAACCGCCUCGUCGGCGGCGAAACGGCGAAAAAACCGGACAACCACCUCGGCUAUCGAGCCUCCAAGAACACCAACGGCAUCGACGAGGGCUACCGCAAAACCGAGCCCUCCUCGGUCACCAUAGACCAAGUAGCCGCCGAGGAGAAGAAGCUCAUCAACGCCCUCAAGAACGGCGACAUCGUCAGCGACGAGCCGGAUAGAGCUCUAGGGAAGUUGAAUAAGGCUUUAAAGCAAUCGCCAAUUAAGGAAGCUCUUCCAGCUGAAAGAUUAGUGGAACCAACGUUACCAACCACAACGCCUGUAUCCACAUCUAUAGUUACUUCGACUGCCACUAAAUGGGGCUUGCGCAGCACGCCCAGAAGGCCCGAGCAGCAGGUGCCCCAUCCGGAACUGACCACCACUCAAAGGCAGCACCUCCGGCAAACAGCCGCCUCCAAUCCGGUGAGGCCGUUCCUCACGCGGGGCUCGGUGGCCGAAAGGGUGCUGAUAUUCGAGCGGUGUCCCAGCGAUUUGCUGCUGGACAAACGGGCUAGGGCUCCGGUACCUCAGAUCUCCAAAAUUCCGCCGCUCUCCAAGCAAUCCCAUCCGCAGCACACGACCCUGCAAAGGCACGUCAGGGCGCACCGGAAUCUCAACAUACCAAAGUUCCAUUUCCCGUCGGGGAAACCCGGCCCGCCGGGCCAACUGGAAGUCGUCAGAGCCAAGAUCGUCACGGCGUUCUCGAAAAUCGGCGAAAGGGCGUCGAGGGAGCACUUCGGGGCUCUCGCGCAGGCCACGCAGCUGCCGCUCUACUGGAAAACGCCGCUCUACCUUGCAGCUUGCGCCGACAAGGGCAGCUGCACCAUGGAGCAGUUCACCAGCUUCUGGCAAAAUAUGUCCUCGCAAUGCCACGAUUCGGCGAGUCGCUUCGUGUACAUCCUCACCAGAGGGCGUCGAAGUUGGUUAGCGCCGGAGGAUUUCAUCCCUUUGGUGCAGGACGUGGUGGAGACCCACCCGGGUCUGACUUUCCUGAAGGAGGCGACGGAAUUCCAUUCGAGAUACGUUCACACCGUCAUAGCCAGGAUCUAUUACUGUGUCAAUAGGUCCUGGUCGGGCAAAGUGACAAUAUCGGAAUUGAGGCGCUCCAAUCUGCUCAACAUAAUCCAAUUGCUCGAAGACGAAGAAGACAUUAACCAGAUCACUCAAUAUUUCAGCUACGAACAUUUCUACGUUAUUUACUGCAAGUUCUGGGAGCUGGACAGGGACCACGAUCUGUUCAUCGACAAGCACGACCUGGCCAGGCACAACGAUCACGCUCUAUCGUCGCGCAUCAUCGACCGCAUCUUCUCCGGUUGCGUGACGCGCAGCCACAAAAAGCACCAGGACGAGCGCAUGUCCUACACGGACUUCGUGUGGUUCCUGCUCAGCGAAGAGGACAAGCUGCACCCGACGGCCAUCGAGUACUGGUUCAGGUGCAUGGACCUCGACGGCGACGGCGCGCUCUCCAUGUACGAGCUCGAGUACUUCUACGACGAGCAGAUGCACCGCAUGGAGUCGAUCGGCAUCGAGACGUUGCCGUUCCAGGACUGCCUCUGCCAGAUGCUGGACAUGGUGAAGCCGAAGGUGCCGGGGAAGAUAGCCCUGAGCGAUUUGAAGAAGUGCAAGAUGACGGCGAUCUUCUACGAUACGUUCUUCAAUCUGGAGAAGUAUUUGGACCACGAGCAGAGGGAUCCGUUCGCCACUCAGAGGGAUCACGAUGUCGAUGGGCAAGAGAUGUCCGACUGGGAUAGGUAUGCAGCUGAGGAAUACGAGCUUCUGGUUGCAGAAGAAGGAGGAAACGACCAGCCGGACAGCUUCUCAUUCGAUGAAGGCAACGAAGAGGAUCUGCUCUCGCAUCACGUGGAUGACGGUUUGGAAGAUGACGAGGAAGAGGACGAGCCCGCCGAAUUGUCCGAGGACAGCGAUUGUAGUAUUUAGCGUAGUUGCGAAACUUUCGUUGAAAUUUAAAAUUCUUCUCACGUUCUAACUAGUCUUCGACGUUUAAAAUGCAAACGAUUAUUAUCGGACAUUUCCGAGGUACUCCGGAUGAGGACGCCUGGAUAUUGUGGAGCGAUUUGUUCGAACGAGAAAUGUCUCCUAAUAAUUCCAUCGAGAAUAAGCUUGUCCAAUGUAGCCACGAAACGAAAAAAGUGCUGUUAUACUUCUAAAAGAAACUGUAGAUAGAUUAGGAUUUUAAGAAUUAGCACGAGGAUACCAAAUGCAGAAGUGCUUCGGUAAAGUAAAUAUUGCCUAAAUAAGCGGAAUUUAGUACAGUCGAAAAAAAUUGGAUCAUUACAUGCUCAAUAAAACCACAGCUGCAAUAACAUUCCAGCAAUAAAACGAAAAAUCUCGAUAUUUCCUCCUUGCUAAAUUUAUAAUGCACCUAUUUCUUAUAACUGUAUUGAAUUCCGUAUGAAUGGAAUUUAAGUAAACGGAAUUUACACCUGAAUAACCUUCAAUCACGUUAAAUUGCUACAUGUGAUUUUUUAUAUUUGAAGCAAGAAUGUAUUUUGUACGUAAAGAAAAUUUGUUGUUUAGUGUUAUAGUAGAAAAAUAAACCCGAAAAGUGAAUGUUAUGUCAUAGCCCGAAUUAUCAUAUCUGCGUAAAUUUUCGGGCUGUAACGCUACGUUAAGACUAAUUUCUAGAAUAAUUUGAAUCUCGGUUACAUGGUACUUUAAACUGUUAACGUCGCUAUGUUUUUUAUAAGUUAAAGAUCUCCCGAAAUCCCUACAAUUUGAUUUUUUUUAAACUAUUAAUUCGACUCGUUUGAAAGCAAAUGGUGUUCCAGCUUAUUGUAACUUUUGGUAUAAGUGAAACUAAUUUUAUAUAAACCUCAAAUUAGCUGUAUGGAAACUAUUAUUUAUAUUAUAUUUAUGAAAAUAUGUAGUAUUUUAUGGGCAGAGAUUUUCACUAACACCACUUGAAGGUGGCUAUCAAAAUGAGCUGUGACAUUACCUGUAGAUUAUUACCUUUAAUUACUGCACAUUCUCGAAUAAGGUUUUAUUUUACAAAAGUCAAAUGAGCGAAAAGAAAUUCAAACUGUAGAAAAUUUCGCGGGGAUUUAAGCGUGUCUUUAAAUUUUUUUACAUUAUAUAGCUUUAGUGCAAACCUUUGUAUUUUGGUGAAUGUUCACCGUUUUGCGCAGCUACUUGUUGGAUUUGAAUAGUAUAGUUUAUUUUAACAAGUUUUUUUUAAAUUAAUAUGAGUAGAAUGAUUUUUACUAGUCAUUUUUAUUAUUAUGUAUUAUUAAUAUCCAAAUGUAUUUAUCAGUUGUGUAACUUUGUAUAAAAUUGUUUUAUUAUUGUAGAUGAACAUAUUAUAUCGGUUUUCUCUUAAAAUUCGAUUUUACAUUUCCCUAAAUAAAAUUCAUUCCUAUCACUCUGAAAAUUUCCGUGAUAUCUCACUUCGAUUAAAAUUCAAUUUAUUUAUCCCACAAACCCAUUUCCUUCAUUUUCGUUUGGAAAUACUGCUGCAAAUUUUCAGCAGACUUGUAAUAUUCAGUCGUCGGUGCGUUGUAAAAUUUACAAUUCGUAAAAAUUCUCAUCAUAUCUGCAAUAAACAGCCUCCUAGAUACAUAGUACCGGGAUUUCAAUCUUUCAGUCAUCGUCUUCAAAU